AGAGGGAAGCUUUAUCUGCUUUAUGCUGCUGAAAAUCUCCAGAUUCCUGAAUGUCUGGAUGCUAUUCCUCUCAGUUUGGAGGUUAGAGAUCCACCAGAGGAAGUUCUGGACACUUUCUGAAAAUCUCAGCAACUUGCCUUUUUUCAGGCGAUUACUUCAAUACUGAAGCUACUUCACACAGCUGGACAGAACCUCUCCUCCAUAAACCUUGGAUCAGAUCUGGCUCCAUUCCUCUGGGACUGUUGAACUGCAACUGAACUUAUAGAGGAAUCACUUGAAGAAUGAAAACUAAUUUUAUGGCUUUUACGAGUAUUUACAGCCUCUGACUUUUCCUCAGACCUUUGUAGGAUCCCCGUUUGGCUGCAGGUGUUUCAUCUGUCCAAGUCUCAGUAGCUGAUGUCAGAAGAGGAGCUGGGACCCACCAACAGGUGACACCCUUCCCAUGAUGCCCUGCAGCUUUGAGGGAUCAUCAUGGGAGAUGAGUCUUACCCAGAAUGCCAAGCUCAGGAGCUGUUUGAUGAGUUUGUUUCAGCAUCGACCUGCAGGGCGGCGCUGCGCUGCUUCAGCCAGCUAUGCAAACAUCUGCAGCUGGAUCACAGCUCCACCGAAAAGCCUCUCUACCAACCAAUCAAACGGCGGCUCAACUACUGGAAGGCCAAUGCUCUGUGGGCCAAACUGGACCGGAGGGCGGCACAGCAGGAGUACCAGAGGGGCCGGGUCUGCAGAAACAUGACUUGUGUGAUCAUCGGGGCGGGGCCUUGUGGUCUCAGGACAGCGGUGGAGCUCUGCUUCAUGGGAGCCCGAGUGGUAGUCCUGGAGAAAAGGGAGUCGUUCUCCAGAAACAACGUGCUCCACCUUUGGCCCUUCACCAUCUACGACCUGAGGGGUCUCGGGGCCAAAAAGUUCUAUGGAAAGUUCUGUGCAGGCUCCAUCGACCACAUCAGUAUCCGUCAGCUGCAGCUCGUUCUGCUGAAGGUGGCCUUGCUCCUGGGGGCCGAAGUUCAUGUCAAUGUUGAGUUCAAGCAGCUGGUGGAGCCACCAGAAGACCAGCACAGAAACAAGGAGGGCUGGAGGAUGGAGGUGAGUCCAAAGUCCCACCCAGUCAGUCAGAUGGAGUUUGACGUCAUCAUUGGAGCAGAUGGACGCAGGAACACGCUGCCAGGUUUCAGGCGUAAGGAGUUCAGGGGGAAACUGGCCAUCGCCAUCACAGCCAACUUCAAAAACAGAAACACCUCAGCCGAGGCCAAAGUGGAAGAGAUCAGCGGAGUGGCUUUUAUCUUCAACCAGAGGUUCUUUCAGGAGCUGCGGCAAGAAACUGGUAUUGACCUGGAGAACAUAGUCUACUACAAGGACGACACUCACUACUUUGUUAUGACAGCAAAGAAACAGAGUCUCUUGGACAAAGGAGUCAUUCUACAGGACUUUCCAGACACAGAGCAGCUCCUGUCUCGAGGGAACGUGGACCAGGAUGCUUUGCAGGCAUACGCCCGUGAGGCCGCAGAUUUCUCCACCAAUCACCAGCUGCCAAUCCUGCACUUCGCCAUGAACCACUACGGUCAGCCGGACGUCGCCAUGUUCGACUUUACCUGCAUGUACGCAUCAGAAAACGCUGCCUUGAUUCGCCAGCGCCACGGACACCAGCUGCUGGUCACAUUGGUUGGAGACAGUCUGCUAGAGCCCUUUUGGCCGAUGGGGACAGGUGUGGCCCGGGGGUUCCUAGCAGCUCUGGAUUCAGCCUGGAUGAUCAGAAGUUGGGCUCAGGGUGGAGCACCACUAGAUGUCCUGGCUGAGAGGGAGAGUCUGUACCGCCUGCUGCCUCAGACUACUCCAGAGAACAUGCAGAAGAGCAUCAGUCUGUUCACUUUAGAUCCAGUGACAAGAUACGUGAACAUCAGCCCUCUGACCGUCACACCUGCUCAGGUGAGACACCUGGUGGACACAGGUAAAGAGGCGGGGCUAAACACAAGUGAGAGUAAUAUUAUCCGGCUGCCUUCCCCCAGACUUUCAAGACAAGAGUCCUUCUCUCAGUCCAAUCAGCUGCUGACUUGGUGUCAGCAGCAGACUCAUGGUUACAGAGGUGUCGCUGUUUGUGACCUGACUACUUCCUGGAAGAGUGGCCUUGCCCUUUGUGCUCUUAUCCACCGAUGCCGACCAGAUCUGAUAGACUACGACUCUCUGGACGAGUCGUCAGUGGAGGAAAACAUCCACCUCGCAUUUGACGUGGCUGAGCAGGAGUUUGGGAUUUCACCUCUGAUGACGGUGGAAGAGAUGUCGUCUGUUGGAGAACCAGACUCUCUUUCUAUGGUGAUGUACCUGAGUCAGUUCUACCAGCUGCACAAAGAGUCGCUGCACCCUGCUGGCUCCCUGAGUCAGAAUGCUGAUCUGAGAGCAGCUCUCUUCACUCCAGCCUCCCUCCUCAGCAGACUGGGAACCAGUCCGUCCAGGAAGAGAAACCCAAAGGAGCAUGGAGACGCUCUGGGCAAAAGGAGAAGGACGAGUCCGGAGAGCGGAGAGCUGCAGGAGUCACGUGACUUUAAUGGCGACUUUGAUGAUAACUUUGUGGGCGGGACCAGCCGCUCCAGAGUUCGUCUGAUGGCCAAUCAGCUGCAGGCAAAGCUGGACGAGGGCUCUGCGACCUGCGUGACGUCUUCGUCUUCUUCUGCUUCCGCUCUACGUCAGCAGCAGGGGGCGCCAUCCAGCCUCCCCCCCUCACAGUCUGCAGACCCCCCGCAGGCCACGCCUCCUGCACAGUCGUCGUCAUGGAGACCGAAGAAGCGGACCCUCCAGCAGGAGCAGAUGAGUUUCCGCUUCAGGGAAAGGAUCAAGUCUCAGUGGGCCGCCAGCCGGGACCAGCAGUGUCUCCAGCUGUACACCGGUGGAGUGAGCUCAUUGGCUGAGCAGAUAACCAGCCGUUUUCAGCGUCAGCAGCAGACUAGCUUGGUCUCCGUGGGAAGCGACGUCUGUUUCUUCUGCAAGCAGAAGGUUUAUGUGAUGGAGCGUCUGAGCGCCGAGGGGCUCUUCUUCCAUCGCAGCUGCUUCCGUUGUGACUCCUGCAGCGCCCCCCUCAGGCUGGUCUCCUACAGCUACGACCAGGACGCCGGAAAGUUUCGCUGCCUGCAGCAUCCUGACUGCCGGCCGGCCGCUCCCAGGAAGAGAGCGACUCCCACGGGAACAUCGGCGCCGUCUCGGUCCUCAGAUGCGUCCCUCUCCGGCUCUCUGAGCGAGCGCCGCCGGUCUUCAGCUGCGUCUGUGAUGGUGGCGACGCCGGAGCGGAUCGAGCUGGAGAACUGCAGGAAGGAGGAGGAGGAGGUACCAGAGGAGGUCCAGAACCAGGUCAACCUGAGCCAAGGUGUGCAUGUCAGCUCAGAGGAAGAGGAGGAUGAAGGUCCAGGCUGUGAGGAAGAGGAGGAUGAAGGUCCAGGCUGUGAGGAAGAGGAGGAUGAAGGUCCAGGCUGUGUGACCUCACAGGAGGUCAACACUUCGAGACGGGAAACUCUGAGAGAGGAAGAGGAGGAAGAGGAAGGCAGCGCUGAAGACAAGUCCAGCGACGAGGGGGAGUACAGCCCCUGGGAGACGGAGCGCCGCUCGGGUCUGUGGCUCCUGUUAGAGGAGGAAGCAGAGUUUCCUCCUCCUGGCCCACCUGUGCAGCGAGGCUCCGCCCCCUCCCCUCUGACUCCGCCCACUGCCCCAACGCCCUCCACCGCUUCCUUUGCCACCUCAUCUGACUCCACCCCUGACUCUGAUAUCGCCAACACUCCGCUCUCACCUGUGGUCGUCAUGGAGACAGCAGCGCAGAAACGGCCCACAGCAGGGGGGCGGGGCUCGUUUGAUGACAUCACACCUGAGCUGCCCCAGAAGAAGCCGCUGCUCCAGCAAGAGGACCGGGGGGCGGAGCCAGAAGAGGAGGAGGAGUCAGGCGGAGUGAAGAGGCAGAGCCACAGGGAUAGUCCGCCUCCCACCCUCCCUCUGCUUCCUGGAGGCGGAGCUCUCCUCCUCCACCUCAAGAAGCUCCGGGAGGCUCCGCCCCCAGGCCAGGUGGAGCUCGGUGGGGGCGGAGCCAGAGGCCUGUUGAAGGCAGUUCUACCUGGAAACAGAAAGGAACAGAAACGGAGGGGCGGGACUUUACCUGCAGAGAAGUCGAGGAGGCUCCCAACCAAUCACAGCAGGGAUACAGUCGCAGGGGAGGAGUCGACUCUGGAGUCUUCAACGCUUCUGCAGAGAUGUUCGCUAAAACCCGGAAACAACUUGCAGUUGCAGUUGUUCGAUCUCGUGUCUGAACUGCAGAAAGUUUCCGUGGAGGAAGAGGAGGAUGAAGAGGAGAACCAGCAGGUCUACGUCCCUCAUGCUCUGGCCUUCAGGCGGUCGUAUGGUGUCAAGAGGAAGAAGCGCGUGAGGGACAGCGUCCCGGACUCGGAUGGACAGUCUUCCUGUCCCACGGAGGUUCUGGGCGUCCUGGUCCCGCCCAAAGAGCCGUCCAGCCUCAGCGUGAGAGAGGCCAUGUUCCAGAACCAGGAAGGGGACGGAGACGGAGACCUGGACGCCAAAAUCACCCGCCGCGUCCAGAGAGCGGCCAGGAGGCAGGCCAAGAAGGAGCAGCUAAAGAGGCUGCACAAGGCCCAGAUGAUCCAGCGGCAGCUGCAGCAGGUGGAGGUGAAGCAGAGAGAGCUGGAGGAGAGAGGAGUGAUGGUGGAGAAAGCUCUGCGAGGAGAAGCAGACUAUUGGGAGGACUCCAGCCACGGUCCAGACACGGAGCUUCACCUGGGAGGACUGGGCAAACUGGACAACCUGGUUCUGAUGCAGCAGUGGUUCCGGCUGGUCCAGCAGAAGAACUCUCUGGUCCGAUACGAGUCGGAACUCAUGAUCUUCGCUCGGGAGCUGCAGCUGGAGGACCGACAGAGCCGCCUGCAGCAGGAGCUGAGGGAGCGGAUGGCCGUGGACGAUCACCUGAAGGGCGAGGAGCAGCUGGACGAGGAGCGGCGGAUCCUGGAGGAGAUGCUGGAGGUGGUGGAGCAGCGCGACGCCCUGGUGGCGCUGCUGGAGGAGCAGCGCCUACUGGACCGCCAGCAGGACCAGAACCUGGAGGUUCUGCUGGCCGGGGCGCUCAGCUGGGCCUGACGGAACCGGACCAGAACCUGGAAGUUCUGCUGGUUCUGGCUAAAGUGUUAGUUUGGUCUUCA